GUUGCCGCUCCGCGCGGGAACUGAAAUCCGAGGUCAAGCCCGCUUGAGCUGCUAUACCGCUCUUGAUUUCAGAAGCGACCUGCCCACAACAACAAGAAUUGGUCUGAUGGAGCAAAGGGACUCGGCGCAGCUCGGUACAAGAAGGAAACAAUGCGACCAGUAUGCAGACAGCACGGAUCGUACUGGAAGUUUGACACAGCACCAGAGAACACACACAGGAGAGAAACCCUUCAAGUGCACUGUGUGUAACAAGGCAUAUGCACGAUCAUCAACUCUUCAGAUCCACCAGAGAACACACACGGAAGAGAAACCUUUCAAGUGCAGUUUGUGUGUAAAGGUAUUUUCAGGUUCAUCUCCUCUGAAACGACACCAGAAAACACACAGGGGAGAGAAACCCUUCAGGUGCCUUUUGUGCGAUAAAGCAUUUGUAAAGUCAUCAUAUCUUCAAACACACCAAAGAACACACACGGGAGAGAAACCCUUCAAGUGCAUUGUGUGUGAAAAGGCAUUUGCAAAGUCAAAAUAUUUUAAGAGACACCAGAGAACACACACAGGAGAGAAACCCUUCAAGUGCACUGUGUGUGAGAAGGCAUUUUCAACGUUAUCACAUCUGAAAACACACCAGAGAAUGCACACAGGAGAGAAACCCUUCAAGUGCAGUGUGUGUGAGAAGGCAUUUGCAACGUUAUCAAAUGUUAAGCACCACCAGAGAACACACACAGGAGAUAAACCCUUCAAGUGCAGUGUGUGUGGGAAGGUAUUUGCACGGUCAUCACAUCUUCACGACCACGAAAGAACACACACAGGACAGAAACCCUUCAGGUGCACUAUGUGUGAGAAGGCAUUUGCACAGUCUGGAAACUUGACACAGCACCAGAGAACACACACAGGAGAGAAACCCUUCAAGUGCACUGUGUGUGGGAAGGCGUUUGCACAGUCAUCAACUCUUCAGACUCACCAGAGAACACACACAGGAGAGAAACCUUUUAAGUGCAGUGUGUGUAAAAAGGUGUUUGCACGGUCAUCCAUUCUUAAAUCACACCAGAGAACACACACAGGAGAGAAACCUUUUAAGUGCACUCUGUGUGGGAAGGCGUUUGCAAUGUCAUCAAAUCUUAAGACCCACCAGAGAACACACACAGGAGAUAAGCCCUUCAAGUGCAGUGUGUGUGGGAAGGCAUUUUUUUAUUCAUCUACUCUUAAACAACACCAGAGAACACACACAGGAAAGAAACCUUUCAAGUGCACUGUGUGUGGGAAGGCAUUUUCAUGGUCAUCAUAUAUUCAGACCCACCAAAGAACACACACAGGAGAAAAACCUUUUAAGUGCAGUGUGUGUGGGAAGGCGUUUGCAAAGUCAUCAAUUCUUAAAUCACACCAGAGAACACACACAGGAGAGAAACCUUUCAAGUGCACUGUGUGUGAGAAGGCGUUUGCAUGGUCGUUCAUUCUUAAAUCACACCAGAGAACACACACAGGAGAGAAACCCUUCAAGUGCACUGUGUGUGAGAAGGCAUUUUCAUUGUCAUCAUAUCUUCAGACCCACCAGAGAACACACACAGGAGAUAAACCCUUCAAGUGCAGUGUGUGUGGGAAGGCAUCUUUGUAUUCAUCUACUCUUAAACAACACCAGAGAACACACACAGGAGAUACACCUUUCAAGUGCACUGUGUGUGAGAAGGCAUUUUCAUUGUCAUCAUAUCUUCAGACCCACCAGAGAACACACACAGGAGAUAAACCCUUCAAGUGCAGUGUGUGUGGGAAGACAUUUUUAGAUUCAUCUGCUCUUAACACCAGAGAACACACACAGGAGAGAAACCUUUUAAGUGCAUUCUGUGUGGGAAGGCGUUUGCAAAGUCAUCAAAUCUUCAGUCCCACCAGAGAAUACACACAGGAGAUAAACCCUUCAAGUGCAGUGUGUGUGAGAAGGCAUUUUCAGAUUCAUCUACUCUUAGAAUACAUCAGACAACACACACAGGAAAGAAACUCUUCAAGUGCAGUGUUUGUGGGAAAGCGUUUGCACAUUCAUCAAAUCUUAAAAAACACCAGAGAACACACACGCAUCAGAAAAUCCACAAGAAGUGUAAUCUGAAAUCGGCUUGUGAAAGUCAAAGUGCUGCAAUGUCCCCAUUGUUCAUGAAACAAGAACCAGAAGACAAUCCCAGCCUGGACACUUUGAAAGGUAUCAAGGUGAAAUAUGAAGAGGCGAAAGUGAAAUGUGAAGAAGUAACAUUGAAGAGCGUAGAAGUGAAGGUUAAAUUUGAAGAUUCAACUCCAAAAUCGGACCUUCACAUAGAUGGAGGCAGUGUGAAGCAGGAACUAAAUUCUGACUGUGAGGCAGAGCGAGGCAACUCCCAGGAGUUUGUGGAUGUGGAGGUGUGGGUGGACUUCUUAGACAAUACAAAGUCAAAUGGAGACCAGGUAGAUGUGCAAGCUUGAGACAAUUAAGCUCCAAUGGAUGCACCUUUGUCACAGGCCUUUCUAAUGAAUAUAAUGUGAAGUUGAACAAUCAAUUUCUAGGUUCAAACUGCAGUGUAAGCGUGGCCAGUUUUUGUGAACCUGUGGGUUGGGGCGAUCUCUAACCAGGAGUGACUCAAGUGUUUUGUAUCAUAUCUCAUCUUAGACACUCGAUGGGUGCCCAUAAUGGGCAUCUGCCCCUGUGUGCCACAAGGUGACCGUUCACUGGCCUGCAUGUGGAUAGGAGUUUGUAAGUCGGGGGCGAUGAUUGAUAUGCCAGUCGGAUUAGAACCUUGAACCUCUGCAACAAAUAGAGAAUGUACUACUACUUGGCUUCCCUCUACGAGAGUGCUGCACGUAUAGGCCUCAUCUCGGCAGAGAUCAACUUGUAAAUACGUUGCAACGUGACGCAGUACAUUUCGGUAUAGUAAUAAAAUGUUGCCAAUGUGCCCUUUGAUUAUUUUGAAUCAUUAUUGAAAGAAUACCUGUCUGAUUUUGUACGUACAUACAACAUUUUGUGUAUUAAUGUCAAACAUGGAAUAUGUGCUGUCAGGACAAAGUAUCUGUUUUGGUGGUAACCUGUACAAAAACUCACGUGAGAGCUGUUAUUUUUGUGAUACGGGUCAAAGGGUAUUUUUGUGAAUCAGGACGCAUCUGACUGGGGCAACUCAUUGUCUUUGAAAUCGGGAGCAUAGUCAGAUCAUUCAUCAGUUAAGGUAUGCCACUUACAAGUUACGUAUAGGAGAUACAUUCUCCUCAAGAACACUAUCAUUUUGUAUUACGUAUACAUUUUGUCGAACUGAGACUUGAAAUGGACCUUGCCGAUGAACAUCAGUUGAAGCAAGCCGGACUGUUGUUGAGACAUUGUACACCAAACCAGUCCACAGGUGGCUUGUACUGAACACAUGUGUAGUGCCAUAAGAGGGGAGGGGCUGCUGGGGGCUCUGGGAUCCUAGGCAGAUAAACCCUCGGCGCCAGGCGCUAGGAUCCCAGGCACCCCAAACAGUUAAGCCCCUUGGCGCCACCAACGGGGGGGGGGCUGUGCGUGCUCUGUGGGAUAUCUGGGGUCGCACACAACCCCACCCCUCGUUGGGGACGAGGCAUAAAAGGGCAGCUCCCUGGCCGAUCGGGGCCAGUUGCAGCUCAAGACCCAAGACCAGCCAGCUUAGGACCGUGGACCCCCUCGUCCCGCUUGUCCUUGUAAGGGCCGGGACGCUGUGAGGGCCGGUGGUGGGACUCUGGGACUCCCGGCUCUACGUCCUUGUAAGGGCGAGUUCAGAGGAAGCCAGAGUCCAGACCCGCACCUUGGUUGGGUCGGGUCAAUUAGCCUCCCCUAGGGUAAUUACAGCCGGAGGACCCCAGAGCGUAGCCAGAGUAGUGUAUCUAGGCUGUAACAGAGU